AUGCCGCCCUCUUCAUCCUCCAAACCUCCCCCCCUCCCCCUCGCCCCCGACCGCGCCGCCAUCUCCAACAAAAUCUCCCUCCUCCUCUCCAGCCGGACAUCCCUCCUCAAGACACUCAAUCCGCCCUCAUCAACAGCAUCCCAGUCAACAACCGCCCCGCGCCGCCACCACCAAGCCAUCAGCUCAGACGACAUCGAGCAGCUCUUCUCCGGCCCGCGGCCAAACGAAGGCGUCGGGUACGUGCCGGACGCAAAGGCCGCGGGCAAGGACGCCGCUUCAAAGGAGGACCGCAUGCUGCGCGGACGGCUGUUGGGCAAGGGCAAGGGAGGCAGGAAUCAAAAAGGUGGAAAGGCAUUUGCUGUGGAGAGCGAGAGUGAUGAGGAGCCUGGGAGGAGUGGACUGGGCAAGAGGAAGAGGCCGAGGAGGGAGGAAGUUGUUGUUGAGGAAGAGGUGGUGGUGGAUAGAGUGGAGGAUGAUGGGAGAGAGGAUGAGGAGAAGCUUGGAGAUGUGGAAAUGGGCAAUGACAAGAGAGAAGAUGCUGCUGUGGUGGAAGAUGAGAAUGGCGGCGGAAGCGGUGGUAACGAUAACGAUGAUGAUGAGAGAGAAAGGAACAAGAAGGAAAAGAAGAGAAAGAAGAGACAAAGAGAGAAGCAGAAACAGAAACAGAAACAAACAAACCCUGGGUCUUGA